CACAGGCUUGAGGGGUCCCCGGCCGAGAUGACAGUGCUGGUACCAGCCUGGAGUCCAAAUUCCUCCCUGCUGCUGCUGCUGUUGCUGCUGAGUCCUUGUCUGCGGGGGACACCUGACUGCUACUUCAGCCACAGUCCUAUCUCCUCCAACUUCCACUUGAGGAUCAGCGAGCUGACUGACUACUUGCUUAAAGAUUACCCAGUCACUGUGGCUAUCAACCUUCAGGACGAGAAACACUGCAAGGCCUUGUGGAGCCUCUUCCUGGCUCAGCGCUGGAUGGAGCAGCUGAAGACUGUGGCAGGGUCUGAGAUGCAAAAACUCCUGGAGGCUGUCAACACGGAGAUACAUUUUGUCACCUCAUGUGCCUUCCGGCCUCUACCGGAAUGUCUUCGCUUCGUCCAGACCAACAUCUCCCACCUCCUGCAGGACACCUGCACGCAGCUGUUGGCUCUGAAGCCCUGCAUGGGGAAGGCCUGCCAGAAUUUUUCUCGGUGCCUAGAGGUGCAGUGCCAACCAGAGUCCUCUACCCUGCUACCCCCAAAGAAUCCUGUAGCCCUAGAAGCCACUGGGCGUCCAGAGCCUCCGUCCAGUCAUCUGUUUUUCCUGCUGCUGCUGCUGCCUCUCACACUCGUUCUGCUGGCAACUGCCUGGUACCUUCACUGUCAGAGGGCAAAAUGGAGGAGGACAGUGCACCACCCUGGGGUGCCCCUCACCUCCCAUCCCUAGAAUAUGAAACUUGUGCAGCGUUGACUCCGCCAAGGUCUUGUCUCGAGUUGGGAACCAAACAAGGAAAAAGCUAGGCAAAUACUGUGCUACUGAACUCCAUGCCCUGCCAGAGGACACAAUGUCCAGGAAUGGUGAUGAACAUUCCAGUACUUCUGAGCUGGCGAUGCUGAAGCUGGAAAAUACUGACUUUAAGAAAAGCAAAAAGGAAGAAAGAGAAAGAGAGGACACUGUAGCUCUGUGUGGCUGCUUCUGUCAUCCCAUCUCCUUAAAAUAAAAAAUGGCUGCUGGGCGUGGAGCUGCCUGCCUGAAAUCUUAGUAGUCGAGAGGCUGAGGCAGAGGGGUUUAAACAGCAAGGCCAGCCCUGGGAACUUAGAACACUGAAGAGUAGCAGUGCUGGGCGGGGCUGGGGGAAUGCUGGGCGGGGCUGGGGGAGCUCACACAAGAAAGGCUCCGGGUUCCAUCUAUAGCUGCAGCCAGCCACACUGCCACUGGAAACAUUGUAUCUGCACUAAUAUUCUCACUGCGGGGAAACGGGCUCCCUGCUGGCUUAGUUAAAACAAUUAGAUGGAGGAACAGUGUCUAAACUUUGUGGUUUCCUAUUUCUGGGCUUGUUUCUGAAACACACAACAUUUAUCAGACAUAGUGGCACAUG